AUGACUCUUCCCCUACUGGCAAGCAGGCGGCUUGGGCUGCUGCUGCUGCCUCGUAGCAGUUUCUAUAGAUGCUCUCUGCGUGCUGCUGCUGCUGCUGCUGCUGCUGCUGCGCCAGCAGCAGCAGCAGCACCAGCAGCAGCGUGGAUUCAAUCCCGCAGCAACAGCAGCAGCAGCAGCAGCAGCAGCAGUAGAGUUGCACCCCGAGGGGUUGAGGAGGAGCUGCUGCAGCAGCUGCAGCAACCCAAACGUCUUACAGUAGAAGAGCUGCUGCAGUGCAUGCAGCAGCUGCUGCAGCGGCAGCACACAUCCUUCGCUCACCCCAGCAGCAGCAGCAUGAGCAGCAGCAGCAGCAGCAGCAGCAGGAAGUUCAACGGCAGCAGCAACACGAGUAUUCUUCCUGACGAGUUUAUAGCAUUCCUUUCUUGUGCUGCUGCUGCUGCAGCAGAGCAGCAGCAGCGGCUGCUGCUGCUCAACGACAGCAGGUACCAGCAGCUGCAGCAGCAGCUGCGCAGCAGACUGAUCGGCUUCUCCGCCCCGCAGCUUUAUAGGUUGCUGCUGUCUCUGGCUCGCUUGCAGCACUGUCCCCCUGAGGUGCUGUCUCGUCUCCUUUAUAUUUUGGGUAAGGGGGCCCCCCAGGGGGGCCCCCCCGCUGACCCUGCUGCUGCUGAGGGGCCCCUGCAGCAGCUGACGGCGAAGCAGCUGGCGCAGCUGCCGCUGCUGCUGGCUGCAGCAACAGGCAGCUGCAGCCCGACCCUCUCCUGCAGCAUCAGCCAGCAGCAGCAGCAGCAGCAGCAGCAGCAGCAGCAGCAACAGGUGCAGCAGCAGCAGCAGACAAAAGAAGAGCUCGAAGCCUUUCUCCGGGUGUAUGUACAGCACAUUUGUUUUUUGCUGCAGCAGCAGCAGAAAGCCGUCGGGGGAGUUGCGGACGCCUCUGCUGCUGAACCAGCAGCAGCAGCAGCAGACACAGCAGCAGACACAGCAGCAGCAGCAGCAGCAGCAGCAGACACAGCAGCAGCACAGUUUACAACACAAGACCUCAGCCUGCUGCUGAUCGGUGUCUCCUCUCUACGCAUGCGUUCUCUCUAUCUCAUCAAUCUUGCUGCUGACGCUUUGCGGCUGCAGCUCGCGCUGCAGUUUGGGGGCCCCACAGCCCCCCAGCAGCAGCAGCAGCAGCAGCAGCAGCAGCAGCAGGGGGAGGAGAUGCAGCAGCAGCAGCUGAUGCUGCUGCCGCUGUCUUCUGUCUUCAUGGCGAUGGCUACCCUCGGAGCAACAAACGGCUCCGCCAUACAGGAGGUUUCUUAUCACCUAACCCGUGUGGCUCCGCUGCUGUCUGUGUCUCGGCUUGCUGACUGUCUCCUUUCUCUUGCUGCUCUGCAGCACAACCCCAGCGCGGGGCCUUCUCUUAUCCUUCUUAGUGCGUUGGAGCGACAGCUGGCUGACAGGGCUUGGAGCUGCUCCUUCGCAGAUGCUCUGACUGCUGCUUGGGCUGCAGCGGCGCUGCAGCUGCACAGAGGCUCACAUAAGUUGCUGCUGCUGCUGCUGCAGCAGAUACAGCUGCUGCAGCAGCAAGGCGCUGUUGCUGCAGAAGACAUGUGGGGUGAGACGCCGCUGCGGCUGCAGCAGAUAGCCCUUGAGCUUUGCCUCGAUCCAAAAGCGAAGCCGCUGCGUGAGGUCAACACGACGAGCAGCAACAGCAGCAGCAGCAGCAACAGCAACAGCAACAGCAGCAGCAGCAGCAGCAGCAGCAGCACACUUGUUUUUGUUUCUGUGCUGCAGCUGCUGCAGCGUGAGGGGCUGAGCGAGUUCUUUGCUUUCCCUGUCUCUCUCUGUGGAGAAGCAGCAGAGACACAGCGAGAGGAGAAGGAGACACUUCUUGAACAGGAGAUUGAGGAUUUCCUUGAGCAAGAGGACGUGAGACACAGGCUGCUCCUAACCGUAGACGCCCGUCUGCAAGAGCAGCAGGAGCAGCAACAGCAGCAGCAGCAGCAGCAGCAGCAGCAGCAAGAGCAGGAGGAGGAGGAGGAGGAGGAGGAGCAGCAGCAGCAGCAGCAGCAGGAAGAACCACGUCUAGCUGACGAAGCAAGCCUCCGGCGAGUUGCGGUGUCUGUACACUUCAAGGGCUUCCCCUGUCUCCGUACAUACCGAGCUGCUUCUCUCUUUGUAUGGCCUGCUCCUGCUGCUGCUGCUGCAGCAGCAGCAGCACCAGCAGCAGCAGCUGCUGCAGCACCAGCAUCACCAGCAGCAGCAGCUGCUGCAGCACCAGCAUCAGCACCAGCAGCAGCAGCUGCUGCAGCACCAGCAGCAGCACCAGCAGCAGCACAAGCAGCAGCAGCACCAGCAGCAGCACAAGCAGCAGCAGCAGUAGCAGCAGCAGCAGGAGACGGAGCCAGGGUGACUGCAGCAGAGGUGCUGCAGCAGGAGCAGCAGGGAGGAGACAGCAGCAACCGCACUCUUGCUGUUGUGUCUGACCUUGUCUCCUUUGCUGAGUUUGUGGGGCCCUCUGAGGUGUACGUACAGCUCAAGUACAGACAUCUCCUUAAUGCAGGCCACGCGCUGAUAGCCGUGAGAGAAGAGGACUGGCGUGCUGCUGCUGACGAUGAGGAGCGGCUGCAGGUGCUGACACACCCUCAGCAGCAGCAGGAGCAUCAGCAGCAGCAGCAGCAGCAGCAGCAUCAGCAGCAGCAGCAGCAACACAUGUAG